AUGGAUACUGCCGAAUACGAUACUAACACUCUGCUUAUCUCCAAUAUUGCAUCCGUCUGCUAUCGCAUUUACGAACCCUCGACCGAGUCAUCUCAGCGCUUCGCCUCGUCUGCCCUCGACGUUGAGAGUCAACUGAGGAAGGACGGCCAUGUCGUAUUCUACGAUGCUUCCAGGCGUGGGAUCUGGCAUUUUCGCCUAGCCGGAAAGGAAGGGCAUGACAACGUCGCAAGCGAGACCCUCGACAGAACAUUAGAGACAUGCGGGCACCGGCUGCUGCUUGGUGCGGAGGGAACUCUGGAGCCAGCGAAUCUACAAAAGGCCCGUCCUCACCCGCAAAUGAGCCAGACUCCGACGACUGCCGUCUCGGGUGCAUCCGCCCUCGACCCGUCUCAGCGCAGUACGAUCUCGGGCAACACGUCUCAGCUUAGCGGUGCAGGUUCGCAAGAGCACGAAUCGCAGUUCAACGAAGUCACUGGGGGCGACUCGAAGGCGAUACCGCCCAAGACCGUCUACGAAAACUUCAUCACAGCCCUCCUACUGUCGAUAUCAUCCACCUUUUGCAGCCGCUCUGGCGCAACUCCCCUGAACUACCGAACCGUGCUUCUCCCCGCCGUGGGGCCAGGCUCCGAAGAACCCUCCGAACUUGGGCCCGAGAACUGCCCGGUGUUGGCCACGUUGCGAGCGUAUCUUACCACAACCGGCGCGUUAGUAACCAGCUUCGUCUUUUCGCGAUGCCGAGGGCUUACGUCGCUCUCCGACACUGUCACGGCUAGCCUCUCGUUGCCGGCCACGCCGAUCAUCGCAGCCCCUUUUGGGGCUCUGACCAAGAACCAGUUCGCUUCAGGCACGGAUCCAGGAUCCGCAAGCCUGGCCCAAACGCCGAAUACUCAGGCACUGAGCCUACGUGGUGGAUAUGAUGCCCACGACUCCAUGUGGAAACAGGCUUGCCUGAAGAUCCUGAAGCUGCGUGGCGUUGCUCCAGCCAGUCUCUCUGACUGCACUUGGGUGAAUCUUCUGGUGCCCAAGCCAAGGCUUCUGGACGCUAAGAUUGACCCUCGGCGACAACAGCCUCUCGGUUCUACCGUCACGCUGCCUUGGCCAGGUCCCCUUUGCUUUCGCAAACGAGUAGUGGAAGUAUCAGCAACAAGCCGAGUUGGCGACAACCUCCUCAGUGGUCACGAGGAGAGCCACGAUCCACUUGGCGAUGCAAGGGGCUGGUUCAAUUCUGCCCCCGAAAGAGAAGAGAAACUGUCAAAGCGCAAGAUCGAGCGAGCAGCAGUAGCAAGGGACCCAAGCCUAGCCGAUGCUCGUGCGCCAAGACCCAGCGUGCCAUCGCCUGCGACGAUUCGACGACCGAGUGCGACUGCUGCCAGUGCCAUCUAUCCGACUCCCCCUGAUGGCGUGCAACAUCUGAAUGGCGUAACUCCGUCGUUCGACGGCACUUUGUCAAGCCCUGGCAACCCCAUGUCAUCCGUUCCGGUGCCUGACGUGGAUCCAGUCUCGUCAACUGCGAACAACACGGGCGAGGUCUUCGACACUUCAAGCGAUUUCCACGACUCAAAACGACAAAGGAGCGACGUGAACUUGCUCAACGAUGCGGAACACAUGUUUGGCGAUAUGGGAGGCGACAUGUUCGGUGACAACGACAUUACCGAUGCCGACUUCAAUUUCUUCGACGAGGCCCCCGACGAGGAGGACAUUGAAAUCUCUAUGGACGAUAUCAAUGACAAUGCCGUCACCGACGGAGGUAUCCAGAAGGCAGAUGAAGCCACACCGAACACAACAGACGUGAAGGCUGAGCCUGCCCAGGAUCGGGACGAUGCAGUCUUUGCGAAGCCAGAGUUGAAGCAUGCCAGGAGCACACAAAAUGACAACGCACCACAACGAGGCAGAGACGCACGGACGGGCUCGAUGAAACGAGAAUCGAGUCCGUUCGAUCCGCAUACAGUAUUCAAGCGAGUCCGAGCCUCUUUGACGGAAGCUGGGCAAGCCAUGAAUACGUCCUCGGUUGCUGACGUGAAUCGGACGACAAGAACGUUUGAGAGUAUGAGCUUCGACCCGACUCUUCCGAUGAUUAACAAAAAGUACGAGCAAGGCGGGCAGUUUGACUACAAAAAGAUUGCCAGCACCGAAAAGCCACGAUUGGAACCAGGGUUACUGCCGGAGACGGACUACCUCAAACGGCACGGGAGGCAUAUGAAGAGAUUUAGAGAGCGCGACCUGCAGCCUGGUGUAUUGGCCAAGACUUCGACGGGACUGGACCCUCCUACAGCGCGUCUGAGUCCAGCGAGGAUGGAGAACUCCCUAUCCGAAGAUGACGAUAGCAGCGCUGGAUCUGAUGAAGACGGCUCAAGUUACACAACAGAAGAGCCGACCUCGCCGGUCAAGUCCAGCGUCAAAGUUGCUGCGCCCGAUGACGACGUUGCGUCACAAGUGACAUCCGCACGAGAUUUGGAUACGUUCGAGGAACCAGACCACCAGCUCGCAACGGAACUGCCGAGACUUUCCAAGCCGGAUGCCGUUGAGCUUCCUCUUUGCCAAUUAUUCUCAGACCCAGAGCCAAUACCCCUUGAGCUUUCUCUUGGUGACGAGGAUUUCAUCCAGGUCGCACAAAUAUUAACCGAUCAAGCGGCUAUCGGCAAGCUUGACAUUUGCUCCACGGACGAUCCGGACUCACCAGGAGGCUCUGGCAGCCUCAGUUCCCAGCUGCGACCUUGCGAAGCGCGCAAUGCACUGCAAACGCUGCGGGAGUCAGUACCGUCGCUGCUAAAGAAUGCAGGACCGGUCAGCCUAAAAGGGUUCCUCGACAUCCCAGAUGUACCCUUUGUUGGCCAGUCGAGCCGUGUCCAGCCCCGUCCCGUCCCCGGUAGGGAUGCAAGCUCGGAACAGGUGCGGCCGAGCAAUCUUUACCAGAUUCCAGGCCCGCAUCUCGAGGUUCGCAGAUCAGAUGUCAAGCUUUCAGUCUUGCCGAGCGCUGUUACUUUCUGGGAAAGCCUCGGUCUAGCACCAUCAUCGGGUCGCAAGAACUUGAACGCUGUAUGUGUGUUCCCGGGCUGGCCCGGCAUGAAAGAAAACGUCAAAACGUUCCUGGGACGCUUGAAGAGUGUGUACGAAGUCCUGAAGCUCGGCUCACUGCACAGCAUGCCGCUCUCCGCAGACCUGGAUGACGGGCUGUUGCCGUACGAGGUAGACAGGAUAUCGACGUCGCCGGAUGCCACGAUGACCAGGCACGGGUCUAGUUUGGUCGAGAGCAUGGAAACGCUGCGAGGAGCGAUGAACAACCUGACGGUCACCGAGACGAAUAUCGUGGUGUACUACGUGUACUCUCCGAACAACCCUGGAACGAUCGUCGAGGCAUGUUCCGCGUUUCAGCGCUACUUCGAGUCGUACUGGAAGAGCUUAGCCUCUCAGAAGCUUGUGGCGCCAAACGAGCUGGUUCUGCAACUCGUUUCGGCUGACUUGUUGUCUGCGCCAAGCUCGCUGGUGGUGACGCCGGGGCCGGAGCUCGUCAGGCUAUGCAUGGAGACGUACGAUCGCUGCACGCUGUUCGGCGGCCCUAUGCCUGCUCCGGCGAUCAGAUUGGAGCAGCAACUACCGCGCAUCAUCGACUUCAAGUUGACAGUGUCGCCGUCAGCAUCGCUCAUCCGGGAGAACUCGGCCAUUCACGUGGCAUACGCGCAGAGCGUUGACGAGAGGUGGGUGACAGCUGCGUGGACAGAUGACCGCGGUAAUCAACAAGAGACGGCCUCAUACUGUCUGGGGCGAAAGGGGCGGCCACAAUCUCGCUCGAUGAACGAGGUUGCGCACGAAAUAUGGGAGUCAACAUUGGAUCUCAUCUCGGCGUGGAAGGUCCAUUGGCGCAUCAUCAUCACCAAGUGUGGACCAAUGGACCAGCAGGAAAUCGACUUUUGGGUUGACCUGGCCCGAACGGAGAUCAAAGCGUCGGUUGCGGUCAUUCUCCUGGCCGUCGACACGAGCCCAUCGCUGCAGCUUGUGCCGCCGGAGGUCAAGCUACAGCCGCCCUCGGUUCCGUUCCAUACGACCCCGGUGUCUACACCGCAAGCGAACAUUGUGUCCCCGGAGCAGAGCGGCACCCCUGCGACCCCGGCACGAGACAGCAAUGCCACUGCUGCCACGCCUGGUACAGACGGCGCGGGCGACUCAGAAGCCGAUGCCGUUCUUGUGGAUGUCACGGACCAGACUUGGGGUGCGCUGGUCGGGCAUCGGCUGAACAAUUCGUCGACCGUCCUGGACCUUCACCCUGCAUUGGUCAGCGGCUACCUGAUCAAGCGCACGGGGACGAGGAUCGAGGACGCCCCGGUCCUGAUGGAGGUCAACAUGGUGCACACCGACGCCAGCCCUCGAGCGUACGAACCGCUCCUUCGCGAGAUGCUUAGCCACUUCAGGGGGCUGGGCACCCUGGCAAGAGCAAGAGGAGUGGUGCGGCGGGAGGCGGACGUGCGCCCCUGGCACAUUGCUGCCGCUGAAAAGGCCGUAAGAGCCAUGUAUCUACUCAUGUAA